AUGAUAUCGGAAUACUUGGCAGAAAUGGAAGCUACAAGUACACCAAGUGUUAUGGAAAAGCUGAUGGGCCUUAAUGGCUUGCCGCCUCAGGUGCCUGUCCAAAAACAAAGAAGAGUGCCGUCUGAGAAUUACCUACACAGAGUUGCUUCCAUUGGUGCCAGAGAGUCUCGUCAUUCAUUCAGGUUGAGAGUACUGGAAAUUAUGGAUUAUGAGGGUGAUCAUGUCGCGGCAUGUCUCCCGAGGGGCAGUUCUUUGAUCAGCGAGCAUCAGCAUAAUCUGCAAGUUUCCCCUUCGACAUGUACUUCUGGCAGUGGAAAUGUUUAUAUAUGCAGGAAAUCCGGGAGGAGAUAUGAGCUGCCAAAUGCCACUUUACUUGAGACGUUUGAGAAUGGAAUUGGCACAGAAUCCCUUGGAGAAGUUGGACUCUUAAAUUUAGAUGAUUUUUCAAGAUCGCAAUUGGGGUUGAACAAAGAAGGAUGCAUUCUUAGUGGUAGAUUUGUAGUCUUGAAACCAGGGCAUGGAAAGGCUGAGAAUUCUGCUAGAUGUUUCCCUUCUUUUAGUUCCCUUGAUGUUUCUCAUUCCAGUGAUCGAAAGUGCACGGAGUUUUCUAGUCCUGGUAGUGUGAAAAUACAUGUUGAAGUAAAAGAAGGGAAGAACUUGGCAUUUGACAUGGAACUAGUAAGCUUAAGGUCUACAGUUUUGAGGGAAAUAUUGGGUAAGCUAACUGAAAAUACAAGUUGCAACAAAACCAACAUUGGUACAAAGGUAUCACGGUUAAGAUCCAGAGGUGGCAACUCAGUUGCAAUGAAAACUAAAUCAAUGAGGCUGUCUUCCUCAAGAUACCAGUCCUUUUCUUAUUCAGACGAGUCAUAUGAAUCUCGGGAAGCCAAAAAGCAACUCUCAGAACGACGGAAGAUGAUUAAUAAGCCGGAAGAAGCAGGAAUGGCUCGUAGAGGCGCUACCCUCAGGAAUUCGCUUGCCCUGUCUGCCCACGAAACAGGCUCAAGAACAUUGGAUCACAAUCUUGUUAGGCAUCUUCAACCGAAAAGAAAGCUCAUUAGGAAUGACCUGAAAGACCUAGACCUCAGUAAGUUUAGAGCACAACAAGAUAAAUAUGCAGCUCUUUGCAAUGAGUGGAGUUUCAAGCCAAAAUGGUCUAUUAAUUUGGGGCAGCACAAGUCAAGGGAGUACAAAUUCAACUAG